AAGUGUCCAAACGCAGAGAAAAACUCCUGCUGAAGCGACUGAUCUCCACACUGUUAUAAAGAUGGCGUUUAUUAAAGAGGAGAGUGAAGAUGUGAAGAUUGAAGAAACAUCCAGAGUCAAACAGGAAGAUCUGCAGGAACAAACAGAUCUAAUUGAAGAGAAUGAGGGGAGUAAAGAGGAGGAACUUCAUGUCAAAAUUGAGGAAAAAACUCAUUUACAGACUGAUGGUGUUUUGAAAAGGAGAGACAAGAAUCGUUGCACCUGCACUCAGUGUGGAAAGAGUUUUGGAAGACAAAGCAGUCUUAAAAUUCACAUGAGGAUCCACACUGGAGAAAAACCAUACACAUGCACUCAGUGUGGAAUGAGUUUCAUUCAAUCAUCACACCUUAAUAAUCACAUGAAAAUCCACACUGGAGAGAAACCAUUCGCAUGCACUCAGUGUGUGAAGAGUUUCAGCAUAUCGUCAUCCCUUAAUCUACACAUGAGGAUCCACACUGGAGAGAACCCUUUCAAAUGCACUCAGUGUGUGAAGAGUUUCAGCAUAUCGUCAUCCCUUAAUGAACACAUGAUGAUCCACACUGGAGAGAAACCAUUCAUAUGCACUCAGUGUGGGAAGAGUUUCAGCAUAUCAUCAUCCCUUAAUGGUCACAUGAGGAUCCACACUGGAGAGAAACCAUUCACAUGCACUCAGUGUGGGAAGAGUUUCAGCCAAUCAUCAUCCCUUAAUAGACACAUGAGGAUCCACACUGGAGAUAAGCCAUUCACAUGCACUCAGUGUGGGAGGAGUUUCAGCUGCUCAUCAUCCCUUAAUAGUCACAUGAGGAUCCACUCUCGAGAGAAACCAUUCACAUGCACUCAGUGUGGGAAGAGUUUCAGCAUAUCAUCAUCCCUUAAUAGUCACAUGAGGAUCCACACUGGAGAGAAACCUUUCACAUGCACUCAGUGUGGGAAGAGUUUUAGCAUAUCAUCAUCCCUUAAUAGUCACAUGAGGAUCCACACUGGAGAGAAACCAUUUACAUGCACUCAGUGUGGGAAGAGUUUCAGCCAAUCAUCAUCCCUUAAUAGACACAUGACGAUCCACACUGGAAAGAAACCAUUCACUUUCACUUAAACCGCGGUCACACUGGACUUUUCUCCCCUUAGACUUCCAUUCAUAUUGUUAGACUAUUCCUAGUCCUCCCAGGUUAAAACAUCAGUCAGAGGCUUUAAAUAAGUUUUAUCAAUUUAAUUAAUUAGAUGAAUAAAGCAUUACAGAGCUCUGGGUGUCAGAGAACAGCAACACAGGGUGUCUGUGUCAGCUGGGCACACACACCCACACCCUUGUCCCCCCUAUAUUUAUCGUUGUCUCUCUUCAGCCCCGCCCGGGGGCGCUUCAGUAAGAAAGAUCCUCCAUCCAGAUCAGUUUGAUCAUCAGUUGUUAGGCAGAACAGGAACUCUGCACAGAAAAAGUUACACAAACACAUAACAGAGCCUGAAAGAGAGUGAGCCUUUGCCCCCCCCCCACCCCCCCCGUCUGUUAUGGUUCCUGUAA